AUGGAGCAUGUCAGCGGCAAUGCUUACACUGCAUUCGGCUACCUUGACCCACAGCAGAAACAAGGUUUCUUAACUACAAGUUCCGAUAUAUAUUCGAUUGGUGUGGUUUUAUUUGAGAUUUUAUGCGGAAGAUUGGCAUGGGCAGAGGAUUGUAAGGAUCACACUGAGUCUUUAGGCCCUUUGGCUAAAAGGGUCUAUGAAGAAGGAAAACUUGAUGAGACAGUGUUUGAGGGUAUAAAAGAACAAUUAGGUCCAGAAUCAUUGUCUGUAUAUGCAGGUGUUGCCUAUCAAUGCUUACAUGACGAGAGUGAAGAACGUCCAACAGCACGGGAGUUGGUAAUACAACUCAAGAAGGCGUUGGAUGUCCAACUGUAA